UACGUGGAUGGGUCCAGGGAAGUUCCCGGUUCAGCAGUGAGAAUAGUUGAUUUUCUUAGGUUACGGUGUCUGGCCAAUGGGAAGGAUAUGCAAACACCCUAAGGUGUAAAGAGCUCAAGUACGGUGGUAGCUUACUUUAGCAAAGCGCCACCUUCUAAAGUUUACGUUUCAAUUUAUGGAUCUAACAAGGUCCCUCUGGGAUUCAGGGAGGAAAGCGUUAACUUCCACAGCGUUUUCCCGUCGCCAAAAAGUCGCAUCCUCUCUAGAUGGCUGUUUCGUCCCUUCUCGCGAGAGUAUGAAUAGAAGCCAAGCGUUUUAUUAGCCCCGCCUCCAGCCUUAUGAGUUGCCUAGCAACGAUGCAACCAACCUCCAAAGCGCGAGGAAACUUGGAAGCUUAAGGUCUUUCGGCUUCACAGUUUCUUCCACCUUCGGGAGCCUGCGUCAGCGAUUCCGAUUGGAGCCCCGCCCCAGGGAGCCUGCGGCCGCUGGAUUGGCCGAUGAUUCUCUCCAGACAUCUGAAGAGCUGCCAUGUCUGGGAAUACUGCAUCUUCGACAGAACAGAACAACAACAGCUGUGAAACCAAAGCCUGCAAUCUUCGAAUGUCAGAGAAGAAAUGUUCGUGGGCAUCUUAUAUGACCAACUCCCCAACUCUCAUCGUUAUGAUUGGCUUGCCAGCCCGGGGCAAAACCUACGUGUCCAAGAAACUCACACGCUACCUCAACUGGAUUGGGGUGCCCACAAAAGUGUUUAAUCUUGGGGUAUAUCGGCGUGAAGCAGUCAAGUCCUAUAAGUCCUACGACUUCUUCCGGCACGACAAUGAGGAGGCCAUGAAGAUCCGCAAACAGUGUGCUCUGGUGGCGCUGGAAGAUGUGAAGGCGUAUCUUACUGAGGAGAGCGGGCAGAUCGCGGUGUUUGAUGCCACCAAUACCACUAGGGAGAGGAGGGACAUGAUUUUGAACUUUGCCAAGGAGAAUUCCUUCAAGGUAUUCUUUGUGGAAUCUGUCUGUGAUGAUCCUGAUGUCAUUGCUGCCAACAUCCUGGGACCUUUCUUUCAUCAAGGUGAUAAAUGUGGGCCAGCGAUUCUUAGUGAACAGAGUCCAGGACUACAUCCAGAGCAAGAUAGUCUACUACCUCAUGAACAUCCACGUGCAGCCUCGCACCAUUUACCUUUGCCGACAUGGAGAGAGCGAAUUCAACCUCUCGGGGAAGAUCGGGGGUGACUCUGGCCUCUCAGUGCGGGGAAAACAGUUUGCCCAGGCUCUAAGGAAGUUUCUGGAGGAACAGGAGAUAGCAGACCUCAAAGUGUGGACGAGCCAGCUAAAGAGGACUAUCCAGACCGCUGAAUCUCUGGGUGUGACCUAUGAGCAAUGGAAGAUUCUGAA